GAAGACCAUCAGAAGAUGAUCGGUUGUACUUUCUGCAGACGAAGACAAUAAUCAUAUUCAUCAUAGCUAUUUCUCCCUUCUUUCUUUCAAUCGGUUUCGAUUAAGCGUUGCGCUUUAAAACACGGCUUUUCGCUCCCCAUGAGCGAGGUGAAAGACGAAACUGCGAACCCGUCCGCCACGGCUGGCGUGGCGGGUCGCCAAACCUCCACCCUGAGCACGUCGGUCGCGACAACAAUCGAGGCAGACUUGGACCUCCCGAAAGACUGCUUCCUCCUCCCCAAGCAGAACGAAGGGUUCCAGAUUCCGUACUUUCUCUCCAGCGCGGAGGAGGUGGACAAGAUCCGGCCACCGCCGGUGGUGCAGACGUGGGAGCAGCGUUAUGCCGAGUUGAAUGAAUCGCAGCAGAAGGCACUCGCUGACUUCAAAAAGAUGGUGACUGCCGCCUCCUGGUACGAGGAAAAGAAAUUCGACGACUGGCUCUGCCUGCGCUACCUGAUCGCCCGCAACUACGACCUCAAGAAGUCGUUUGUCAUGCUGGAGAACACGGUGAAGUGGUGGAAGGAAUCGGGGGCGGAGACGCUGCGCUGCGAUGCGUGCUUCACGAACCCAAACCAGCACAUGGCUCAAUUUGUUGGCUGGGAUAAAGAGUACCGCCCGGUGAUGUUUAUGUCGAUGCGGUGGGGGCCGGAGCGGAAGAACCCGCUGCAGCACAUGGUGUUCUGCUUCAACCACAUCAUCCGCAUGAUGCCGGUCGGCGUGGGCAAGUGGGUAUGCGUGACCGACUUCGAGACGUACUCGCACCUGCACGACGGUAAGCCGUCCAUGGGUCUCAGUGUUAUCCGCGCCAUUCAGGACCACUUCCCUGAGCGGCUCGGCAAGAUGAUCUGCAUCAACCCGCCCAAGCUGUUUUCAUUCCUUUGGAAGCUUUUUCUGCCCGCCAUCGACCCGGUCACCCGCACCAAGGUGGAGUUUCUGUACACGGAGGACCGGCCGGCCGUGUGCGAGGAGUUUCCGCGCCUGUUCCCGCCACAUCUGUGCGAGUACCUCAGCGACACGUACGACCGUAGCAAGUACAAUCUGCCUGCCAGGCCGCUUGUGUGGUACCCCCGCCCCGAGGGAUACCCCAAAACCCUCGAGGAGCGGGCGCCGUGCAUUCAGCAGCUGAAGGAAUUGGAGAAGAGGAACAAGAGUGAUGCGAAGAAGGCGGCGCACGACGCCAAUAAGGAGCGAAAGGAGGAGCGCCAUCGCAAACGCCAGGAAAUGAAGGACCGCAAGAAGGAGGAGCGGAAGAACAGCACUCUGAUAAGUGGCACGUCGAACAAGGCCCAAACCCCCAAACUGGAUGCGUAG